UCAUGCAACAAAUGAUGUGGUCAGCUCCUGAUGACAGCCCGACGACGGCCCGCACACUGGAUCUGUCUUUCCGGGGUUCAAACUGCACGUCUGCUGCGCCUGAGGAGAGUCAGGGAGCACCACCGUUUAUUACCGGUUGUAUCUCUAUGCAACAUUUACAUUAACAACAAGCUUUUUUUUUUUUUAAAUCGUCAAAGAAACCUCCAGCGCGACACGGGCGGCAAAGGAUUUCAGCGAACUACAACAACGGCUAACAGUUCGCAGCUAAACGGUUAGCCACAGCCGCAGACAGAACGACCAAGGAGAUAUGUCAUGUCCAGCAACUAUCUUUUAAAAAUUAGAGUUGCAACUUGAGGAAGAGGUAUGUCUGAAGUUAGUCUUGAGGCUGAAUCGAGGAAGACCUCAGCCGAGGACCCUCAGAUGGAUUGUGAGGAGGAGGCUGACAAAGCAGAGGAGAGUUUGAGUGAGGAUGUGAAACAGGAGAGUGUAGACACCAGCAGGGGGGGAGAUGGCAGGGAUGAAGUGCUGUACGACAUUAAUAUAGACAGUGCUGAAGAAAAUUCAGAGAACGGUGACAAGGAUGUUCAGAAGGAGGAUGUUCGUAGCGAGAGCGUGGUGACGCGCAGUGACAGGGAUGCUGCACUCGUGUCUGACAGUGUAGUGAAUGGGGGACGCGAGGCAGAUCAUCAUGUUGAAAGAGCUGAAACACCAGAGGAAAGUGGAGAUUCUCACACUGAAACAAAGGAAAGCACAAUGGCUGAGGAGUCCCAUAGAAGCUCAGCCGCUGAGAUCCCAGUCACCAGCAACGGAGACCUGGAUCAGAGCCCUGAGACGGUUUUCCAGAGGGAGUCUUACCCCAGGGGCCCUGGGGCCCUACAAUUUUCAGAAUCUGGUGUCACCUCCAGCAACUUUGCUUCAACAGCAGAGGGCAUUAUUGAAUCCGGACCAUACAAAGGGUCAGCAAGCCUGCCCACGUCUCCCGUGGCACCUGUAGCUCCCAGCUCAUCUGUUGCUAGCCGCCUGGCACGCUCUUUCAGCGAUAGUCAGGCUGAGAAAGGUACAAUGAAACCACAGCCAAACAGUGGAGCAGUGGUCCUUUCAGAUGACUUAAAGAACCCAGCCAUGGAAAAACUGGACCUUGUGAGAAAGUGGAGCAUCAACACGUAUAAAUGUACCAGGCAGAUCCUGUCAGAGAAGCUGGGUCGGGGCUCCAGGACUGUGGACAUAGAGCUGGAGGCUCAAAUCGAAGUCCUCCGUGACAACAAGAGAAAGUACCAGCAUGUAAUCAAGCUGGCUCAGACGCUGGCCAGUCAGCUGUCCCAGAUGAUGCAGACACAAAGGCAGCUGGGCGACGCCUUCGCCGACCUCAGCCUCAAAUCACCAGAACUUCACGAGGAGUUUGGUUACAACGCAGACACCCAAAAGCUUUUGUCCAAAAAUGGAGAGACGCUGCUGGGUGCAAUCAACUUUUUCAUCUCCAGUGUUGACACACUCGUGGACAAAACAAUCGAAGAUACCAUGUUUAAUAUCAAACAGUAUGAAUUUGCCAGGGUUGAGUAUGACGCGUACCGUACAGAUUUGGAGGAGUUGAAUCUGGGGCCACGUGAUGCCAACACCAUGCCCAAGAUUGAGCACUCCCAGCAGCAGUUCCAGAUCCACCGCGAGAAGUACGAGAGGAUGCGAAACGACGUCUCCAUCAAGCUGAAGUUCCUGGAAGAGAAUAAGGUGAAGGUAUUGCAUAACCAGCUCAUCAUGUUCCACGAUGCCAUAGCUGCGUACUAUGCUGGAAACCAACAGCAGCUGGAACAGACACUCAAGCAGUUCCACAUCAAGUUGAAAUCGCCAGGUGGGGACAGUCCAUCCUGGCUGGAAGAGCACUAAUCAUACCAUUUUGAAGCCGUAGUGGCUCAGUUUGACAGGAAAUGUCUACAGAAACUACAGGAAACCCUCUCCUCCUUUCAACUCUACUGUCACUGCCUUUCAAACUUUCAGAAUUUGUAAAUCUUUUAACUAAUAAUGGGAAAAAAAACAAACACACAAUCCGUUUACUGUUGAUGUUAAUCCAUCUUUUCUCAUCUCGCAGUUAUUUCAAAUCAUAGGAAACGCACUUUUAUACUGUUUGACGAAUCUGAACAGGAGAUGCUGCAGUAAACACAUCUGGAAACUGUAAAUGGCCUUUUGUACUCCAGCAUAUGAAUGUUGUAUCUCAGCACGGCGGACAUGUUGACUCUGUGUAGGCAGCUACAAGAUCAAAAUAACUGCCGUUUUACUUAUUUACAUCAUGCGUGUCAGCUGACUGAGAUGUGGGUGAAUGCUUUAUGAAAGUGUAAUCAGGAAUUUCCACGAGACUCGGAACAUGAUUUUGACUUUGCACCUGUUGUGAUAAACAGGAAAAAAAUGGCAUUGGGAUUUUUGGAUCAUGCAAACUUUUUGUUUUUGUUUUUGUUUUAAUCAGCAAACAAGUGUUAGCUUGACGAUUGGGGAAAUACGCUUAUUUGCAUGCUUGCUGACAGUUCGAUGAGAAGAUCAACACCUCAUCUGUCUCUGGACUGCAGCCAGUUAGCUUAGCACGAGGACUGGAAACAGUUCUAAAAGUAAAACACGCUACCUACUGCACCUCUAAACAUCACUAAUCCAAAAACCAAAAUGUAAAAAUAUCAAGCUGUGAUUCUGAUGGGUUAUGUAGCUCAGGACUAGUAAAACUAACACAUUUAACAUACACAUGGUGGUAUCAAUCUUCUCACCUGACUCUUGGCAAGAAAACAGAUCAAACUAUUUCCCAAAAUGUCAAACUAUCCCUUUUUAAAUUAGCAUUAAAAAGCUCAUAUUGACGUCUCUUCACAACAAAUGCUGCGUGUAAUUUUUUAGCCUUUUGCUAUUUUGUCUUCAUUCAAGGCAUAUGACUGAAUGGGUAAAAGUGUUGAUGAUUCCAGACAAAAUGAAGGACCAGCCUUAUGUGACUACAUGUGCCUUGAUUCCUUGAAUUUGUUCUUCUCUUCCCCCCACACUCCGUGUGCUGAUAUCUGGUCUUAUUAUUGAAAACAAGCGAUCACUACCAGUUUUUGGGACCAACUCCAAAAGGAAGAGAACGGACCAAACAUGCACACACACGUAUACUCUCCAAUGAUGUACAGUUAAACCCUGUAAAACACUCCACAUAACACAAAUGUGUUUUUUUUUUUUGUUUUUUUUUAAGAAAAUACUCCCAUAACUGUCUCAAUGUAUUUAAAGUCUCCUCAAAGAUAUUUAUCCAUAUUGCACAUAUGCACAUGUAUGCAUUUGAGUCUCAAUUUGAAAAAAGAACUUGUAAGAACUGUAUAAAACGUAAGGUGAAAACCAAAAUGCGAUUAACUUGAGAAACUUUUUUUUGUAAAUUUGAAAGACCAGCAUCUUUUGCCUGUGCUGCUAACAGUUUCUUUCAUUGGAUUAUAUAUAUAUAUUAAAAAAUAUAUAUUUUUCAAAGAGGACAUAUUGUACGCUGGUUAAUUGAUAACCGCCUUCCAUGUACUCACUUUGUGGAUUUAUACUUUUCCUAUGGUUCACCAUAGCAGUUUGAGAGUGUGAAUCUUGUACAACAAUCUAUUGUUUCCCUGAAAUAGAUGGAUUAUAUAUUUGUAAUUUUCUCUAUUUUACCUUGUAGUCUAUGACCAAUGCUGCCAUUUGGCUUGUUUUAUUUUCCUAAAGAUAUACAGAAUGAUGUGCUAGUACUAGUAUGUGCUAGUGGAUCUUUACCUUUUUAAUAAUGAAACAUUAGCAAGUGUUGAAUUAAGGAAAGAUCCUGAAUGUUGUGUAAUCUCUUUGGGGGGAAAAAAAUAAAAGUUUCUUUUCUUUAA